CGCUGAGUCUCCCUCCCGCCCCCCGCGUCAAGACUAACGCUGGUAGGUUUGGCAUCACAUUAAGGCGUCAGCUCCAAAACGUCCCGCGGCGGCGCUAAAAGUGUUGAGCAUUUUCCUUAAGUCGUCUAGCGCAACGUGCGCUGCUGUCAGAGAGGAACUUCGCUCUCAUCACCUCUGCAACGUUUUAUGGAAAUGGCGCUCUUCGGAACGUUCGAAAUGGAGCUCGAAACCAUUGUCGAUAGUCAUCCAGAUGUCUGUCAUUGCGAUCAAUUGAAGUCCUAGAUCGGAGGAGUUGCCUGUUAAACUUCCGCCAAAACGCGCCGCCGAAGAGGAAAGGCUGCUAAGAUGCAAGUCCUCUCGUUUAUAAACACUGGUGGACCGGAGUCAUGGAAGAAUAGGGACUCUAAACGGGUUGUAAGGUCGCAUGCUAUGAAAUAUUUCAGAAGGAAGCAGCGGGAACGGAAGAAGAGUAAGAUCGCAGAGAACGACAGCCAACCCGGCGAAUCAUCAUUCACCACUGUUCAUCCCUUACCCGAACAGGAGAAUGCUCAACUUGAAGAGAAAGCAUCUACAAUGCGCUCAUCCGAAGCCCCGUCUACCACUCCCUCUGUUGACAACCUCUUCGUCGGUAAAAGCUCUUCAAUAACAACGGUAUCUCAAUCCUUGUAUGAUGUGCCCGAUCGGCCUACUUCUACUGCCAGCGCCUUCAGUGCUUUGCCCCAAAUCUACCCUUUGCAAGACGCAUUCUCUUUUGGAGCUACGAAUCCCACCCGGUUCGUAUCCUCACAUAGUUCAACUUUCUAUCCGUUUGCAAGCGGUCGUAUCCAUCUUUCUCCCACAAACGAUUUUGAUUUAAGUAUAUGCAUGAUCGUUUACGGCGCUCUUGACGCAGCUGGCGCGAACUUCGACCGGUUCACGAAGCACUAUUUUCGCUCCGUGCACUCCUACCUAACCAUAAUCAACCGCAAUCGUUUCUUCAAGCGCGUAUUUAGCUUGUCGAAGAAAGCUAAUGCUGAAACUGCUAUCCUCCUGCUGUGCGUUCGGUUAUGUUCCGAGCCCACCCAAUCUGGCAUAACCGCCUCCGGAGGCGAUUUAUACAGGACAGCAUCGAGACUCUACAAGGCCGCGUACGAGAUAAAAGGUGCAUCAAUUGAGCUUUUGCAAGCUGGCUCACUCCUUACUCUUUUCGAGCAUAAUGCUGCUCUUCGUGGCUUUGAGUAUGAGAGAUUGAAGCACUGCAGUAGUAUGGCGAGAACGUUAGGACUAGAUGCUUCUGCCCGAAGCCCAUACACUGUCGUUGAUGAGGAACGUAGAAGAGCUUACUGGGGUCUUCUUAGCCUUGACUGCAUAGUAUCUCUGCACGACGAAAAACAUGAGCGCGCACUUGUCUUCGAAAUGCCAUCAUUAGACGAUGUCCUCCCAUCAAUAUCCGACGCUGGUUAUGAGGACUCUGUUGACGAGUUAUGCGCCAGUAAUACGUGCUUCACAGUGCAAAGCCGGCUACCGGUGUGUGCUGACAGCUUUAGUCGGCAAGGCCAGAGUGUGCGGCUGAUGUAUCUGGUGCAAAAGAUACUUCGCGAGAAAUUCGAUUUAUCACCAGAUUUGAUGGUGUCUAGAAUAGGGUAUCUUGACAAAUUAUUAGUUUCCACUCUGCGUGACUUGCUAGCAGAUUGCAAUGGGAAAGCAACGCAGUACUGCGGUCCGAUUUCCUGUUGCAUCAGUGCUUCCUUUCUGCUACAUGAAUAUCAGCUGCUCUCAACAAUGCAUGUUCCACCAGAGAAGUUGAACGACCCACAGGCUCUGACACGUUCGAAAAUGGCCAUCGAAACAAUGAUUGAAAUGGUGGUGAAUAUUCUCCGCGAAUUUCCGGUAGCCCAUACUCCGGAAUUGUCUCCUACCGCGCUAUUCUGUCCCUAUCAAGCCGCAAUGCUAGGACAACUACUGGAUCGCAUCUCUGGACUCAACCCGCAGCCCACUCUGCUUGGAACCACUUUUGACUUUAUGAUAAAUGGCUUAAAACACUUCAGUACUAUUUGGCCCUGCACCACUCAAUACAUAACACUCAUACAACAAGCUCAGUAAAGAACUCUGCCCGUGCCACUUCCACGCGCCGAGUGAAACAGUAUUGGAGCUCAACAGUAGAAGCUUUAUAACGGAAAUAUACAAAUCAGUGCCCUAGAGAAACCAGAAAUGCUAUGAAAAAAAAAUCCAUCUUGGGAGGGCUAUGACUGCCCAAAGUUAUUAGCAUGAAGAUGGUUGAAGAAUAGGAUCAAGCAUAUUCCAAAGUGAUUUGAAAUCAUUGUAGGACUCGAUCGAACAUGCGUGCGGUUAUAUCAAGCACAGUCUACUAGAAGAAAAGCUACAAAUAAUGCCGGAAUGGGACUAUGGCAGGAGACUACACAUCAGAUAGAAAAUCAAAG